UGUAAAGAGCAAAGAAGGGCUGAAGCCAGGGGAGGCCGUCUUUACUCCACUGCAGGCCGCUGCUGCACCAUGUCUCUGGCUGAGACCAUCCGACUGUGGAACGAGGGAGUGUGUGCUACAGACCGCAAGGACUGGACAGCUGCGCUGGAUGCUUUCACCUCAGUGCAGAACCCCCCUUCCAAACUCUGCUUUAACAUUGGCUGCAUCCACCUGAUCCUGGGGAAUUUGGCUGAGGCAGAGCAGGCGUUUGCCAGGAGCAUUAACCGUGACAAGCACUUAGCCGUGGCCUAUUUCCAGCGCGGGACAGUGUUUUACAGGAGAGAGAACUAUGAAUUGGCCAUUGAGGAUUUUAAAGAGGUGUUGGCCCUGCUGCGAGGGAACCUGCUGAUAGACUACAAGAUCCUGGGGCUGCCAUUCAGGCUGUUUGCUUGUGAGGUGUUGUAUAACAUAGCCCUGCUCUAUGCCAAGCUGGAGGACUGGAGAAAAGCUGAAGAGCAUCUGACGCUGGCGAUAAGCAUGAAGACUGAGCCCCGGCACAACAAGAUUGACAGGGCGAUGGAAGCCAUCUUGAAGCAUAGACUCUUUGAGCCGGUGGCGAUUCCUCCAGGGAAGCUGUUUAGGCCAAAUGAAAAGCAAGUGGCUCAGCUGGAGAAGAAGGAUUACCUGGGAAAAGCUACGGUCGUGGCAUCUGUCGUCGACAAGGAUAGUUUUUCAGGGUUUGCUCCGCUUCAGCUGCAGACGCCUGGCCCUCCACCCAGACCAAAGACGCCAGAAAUCCUCCGGGCCCUGGAAGGGGAGCCUCACCGUGUGCUGUUCGAGUUCACGCCCGAGACCGCAGAGGAGCUGCAAGUCCUGCCGGGAAACAUUGUCUUUGUCCUGACGAAGGGGAAGGACAACUGGGCCACCGUUAUGUUCAACGGGAAGAAAGGGAUUGUCCCCUGUAACUACCUUGAGGCCGUGGAGCUCCAGAACCAGCCGCAGGUCCGGGAGGAAACCCCUGCUGAGUUGGACAUCCCUGCCCCACCCAGUUCCACCGCUCCGGAAAAGCCCAGGUCUCCAGCACCAGCUCACGGUCCUGGUACUUCUGGAAAAGAGCAGCAAGAAGCUGCAAAGGAUGCAGGAUCAGCUACCUCAAGCCCAUAUGUUCUCAAGGUGCAUUACAAGUACACAGUAGCAAUACCAGUCCGGCUUGGAAUCAACUACAGCGAACUCCUGGACACGGUGUGCAAGAAACUGGAGCUCACACCAGAGCAUACAAAACUGAGGUACCGGCCUGCAGAGAGUGAGGAGCUGGUAACUCUGAGCGAGGACAGCAUGAAGACAGUAUGGAGUCACGCUAAGGACUAUUGCCUGACACUGUGGUGCGACGUCACAGAGGGAGACAAAGAUUUACCCAGAGGGGAAGAUGGCCAAGCUGAGGAGGGUACCCAGAAGACACCACCACAACAGCUGGAAGCAAACCAUGUGGUAGCUCGAUACAGUUAUGAAGCCAUCCAGCCCGAGGACCUGGAGUUCCAGGCAGGAGAUGUGAUACUCGUUUUAUCCAAAGUGAAUGAAGAGUGGUUGGAAGGCCAGUGCAAGGGGAAGGUGGGCAUUUUCCCCCGAGCUUUUGUUCAAAAAAGUGAUGCCGAAAACCCUGAAAUCUAAUUCCACAGAAGCCUGAGGACCCCAGGACGUGCAACAGUAGCA